AUGUCUCGCAUUAUGUGUGCAUUGAUUGCCACCAAAAGUCGUUUACUUCACAACACUUCACAUCAUUUGCAGACAAAUCAGUAUUUAUUAAAAACAUUAACUUUAACUUUAUUUAUACUUUUUGCACACUUUUAUAAUACUAAUACUAAUACUAAUACUUAUUUUGAAAACUUAUUACUAUAAAUGUCUCUAAUUAUGCCAAUCAAUGAUAUAUUAUACGACAAUAAAUGCGACAGCGAUUCGGGUUUCAUAUGAUUUAUUGAUUAGCAAAAAGUGGUAUAAAUGCAAACGAUUGGUGCAAAUGUUGGGCCAAAAGGUGUCCGUCGAUGGCCUUAAUAUACACUACGAAAGGGUUGGCACCGGAAAGCACACCGUUUUGCUACUUCCCGGAGCUCUCGGCUCCACUCGAACCGACUUUACGCCACAACUGGAGGGUAUGGACCGCAAGAGGUUUACUUUGAUCGCAUGGGACCCACCGGGAUAUGGAUUCAGUCGACCACCGGAACGGGAUUUCAAUGACUUUUACCGCAAAGACGCCAAAAUAGCCGCACAACUCAUGAGGACAUUGGGUGAGGACAAGUACUCUCUGGUGGGUUGGAGUGACGGCGGCAUCACUUCACUCAUCAUUGCGGCCGCGAAUCCCCUAAAUGUACAAAAACUGGUGGUUUUCGGAGCCAAUGCCUACAUCUCCGCAGAAGACAAACGACUGAUUCGUGAGAUCCAAGACUUAAACAAAUGGCACCCAAAGGCCCGACAGGUUUACGCCGACGUCUACGGAGCCGACACUUUCGCCAAACUUUGGGAAUCAUUCGUCGAGUAUUACUGCAAAAUGGAUGACAUUUGUAGGGAUGACCUGAAGGCCAUCAAACAGUCGACCCUUAUAUUACACGGAGAUCUGGACCCUUUGGUUGCUAAGGAGCACCCAAAGUAUCUGUUGGACAACAUAUCGGACUCAACGAUCCAUCGAUUUCCUAAAGGGAGGCAUAAUAUUCAUCACAAGUAUAGCGAAGAGUUCAACAAAAUUGUGGAAAAGUUUUUGAUUCAAUAA